UAAAUCUCAUUGUGAAAAAAAUGGAUCAAAUUAAGCACAAUUACGUCCAAGUUGACGGGCUAAAACUCCACGUAGCCGAGAUUGGAUCGGAAUCAUCUCCGGCUGUGCUUUUUUUCCACGGAUUUCCCGAGAUAUCAUACACUUGGCGUCAUCAGAUGAUUGCUGUUGCAAAUGCUGGUUUCAGAGCCAUUGCACCGGAUUAUAGAGGUUAUGGACUUUCUGAUAUACCUGCAGAACCUGAGAAGACGUCAUUCGCUGAUUUGGUCAAAGAUACUGCCAUCAUCCUGCAUUCUCUUGCCAUAUCUAAGGUGUUUGUGAUUGGAAAAGACUUUGGAGGAAUGGUUGGCUACAUAUUUGCCCUUUACUUUCCGGAACAAGUUGCAGGCAUCAUAACACUUGGUAUUCCAUAUAUGCCCCCUGAGGCUUUGCAGCAACUUCAAACACUCCCUGAAGGUUUCUACAUGCGGAGAUGGCAGGAACAUGGAAGAGCUGAAGUUGAUUUCAGCCGGUUUGAUGCUAAAACAGUGGUGAGAAGCAUCUACAUUUUGUUCUCCAAAAGUGAAGUACCCAUAGCCAGUGAAAACCAGGAAAUAAUGGAUUUGGUGGAUCCAUCGGCUCCUCUACCCUCGUGGUUCACGGAGGAGGAUCUUGAGACAUAUGCAGCUUCCUAUAUGAAGUCUGGAUUUCUAACCGCACUCCAAAUUCCUUACAGGUCAUUGUCGGAGAAAAUUGCGCCUCCAAACCAAGACCCUAAUGCCCCAAUUGUUGAAGCUCCAGCACUAUUUAUCACAGGAGAAAAAGAUUUUUUUUUCAGCUUCCCCGGAAUGGAUGAAUACUUGAAGGGUGGCAUCAAGAAAUAUGUACCCAACCUCGAAGUUAUGUACUUACCCGAAGGAUCUCAUUUUGUUCAUGAACAGUUCCCUGACAAAGUGAAUCAACUCCUACUCAAUUUUCUCAGUCAAAACAAAUAUUAGUGCCUUUGCGCUUCUCGGGUUAAUCCAAAAAUCUUGAUUUUGGUUUGUAUUCUCCAAGUAAUUCAUAAAUGUGUCGGUAGACAUACUACAAAUAGUUGUAGCCAUAGUUUACUUCUUUCCAAUAAGGUUUUCUUGUUCAAGGCCUUAUCGAUCAUGUAACUGUCCUCAAUGUUUCAAGUCCUGACAUGGUGUAAUAAAUAUCUGAACUACUGCAUUUAUCGAUGGUAUCACUAAUUUACAAGAUU